AUGGCUUCGGCGUCCGCAACGGUAAUCGAGGCUGCACCCACAGCCAGCAUGCUGCACAUGCCUCAACAUAGCCAGACGGACCACGUCAUGAACAGCAUCAACAGCAGCAGCCAAAGCCAGCACGAUGGUGCCGACAGCUGGUCCGCCGCCGGAGCAGUCGCUCAGCAAGAGACUCUCACUGCUAAACCGUCCGGAAUGGCGAUAGCGCUGAUCAUGGCGCCCCUAUGCCUGUCCGUGUUACUGUCAUCGCUAGACCUGACCAUGGUCACGCCGGCGGUACCAUCCAUCGCCGCCGAGUUUCAGUCGUCUUCGGGAUAUAUCUGGGUCGGCGGUGCAUUUAUCCUGGGCAGCACGGCCGUGACGCCGGUCUGGGGCUCCGUGGCUGAUAUAUGGGGCCGCAAGCCAAUCAUGCUCAUUGCCCAGGCCUUCUUCUUUGCCGGUAGCUUGCUGUGUGCGCUCGCGCCCAACAUGGAUGCCUUCAUUGCUGGCCGCGGUAUUCAGGGCAUUGGGGCCAGCGGGAUGGGCAUACUGGUCAACGUGAUUGUCUGCGAUACUUUUUCGAUGCGAGACCGCGGCCUGUAUCUCGCUGUCACCUCCGUUAUGUGGGCGGUUGGGACAGCGGUGGGGCCGGUCCUCGGUGGAGUGUUCACUACCAGGGCUCACUGGAGGUGGUGUUUCUGGAUGAACUUGCCUAUUGGUGCCCUAGUCUUUGUUGUCCAGCUGCUAUACCUCAAGAUACCUAUGCCCAACACUCCUGUAGUGGCUGGUCUGAAGGCAGUUGACUGGACUGGCAGCCUCCUCAUCGUCGGAUCCGCUCUGAUGGUCCUACUCGGGGUCCAGUUCGGAGGCGUCACCUUCCCGUGGUCGUCCGCAGCUGUCAUCUGCCUCAUCACGUUUGGCACAGUAGUCUUGGGACUGUUUCUCCUCAACGAGUGGAAGCUAGCAAGAAAUCCGGUCGUCCCACUACGCUUGUUCUCAAACGCUUCGACAGUAGCGGCCUAUCUUGUCUACGUCUGCAAUUUCUCGGUCUUGAUCGGCCUCUCCUAUUACCUCCCCCUCUAUUCGCAGUCAGUGCUUGGGGCCAACGCCUUGGAAUCUGGCCUCCAUCUCCUUCCCCUCAUUGUGUCGAGCUCCCUUGCGGCCGCGUGUACCGGAGUAUUCAUACAAAAGACGGGCAUCUACUUACCAAUCAUGUACGGAGCCCAAGUGUUGCUCACACUCGGUUCUGGGCUGUUCAUCAACCUCGCAUUCGAAAAGAGCAUUACCAAACUUGUCAUCUAUGAGAUCAUUACAGGGGUCGGCGUCGGCUUCAACAUGGAGCCGCCGCUCCUUGUUGCACAAGCGACGGCGACGGCGCUUGACACGGCUGCUGUUAUUUCGACCAUGAGCUUUUUGCGGUCGAUUUCCACAGCCAUCAUAGUCGUCGUUGGUGGCGUCAUAUUCCAAGGCCAGAUGGUCGCGAACAACAGCGGGCUAUCUGCCCAGAUAGGCAAGGAGCUCGCAGCUCAUUUCAACGGUGAACACGCCACUGCAAACGUGGACUUUAUUGCUACGUUGCCGGUGGAUGUGCAGGAUGUUAUAAGACGCGUAUAUUUCCAAAGCUUACGCGCGGUAUGGAUCAUGACACGUAGCCCUCAGGCCACAGUAGCAUAUAACGAGGCGCUUGUUCUAGGAUAUGUUGGGCCUAUGCUAGCACCAACGGUCAUCAUGGUCAAGUUUUUGAAGUAUGGAACCUUCAGGAUCUAA